CUGGAAGUUCUUAUACGACGUAUGACUAUUAUUUUAACGUUAAACGUCACAAUUUCUUAUUCGGCGUUAACGAACAACGGUAACAACUACGUCAACGGUGUUCUGUGCGUCAACGGUUAAUUAAUCUAUAAAUCCACCUUUAAGUGAAGUUUUGUCAAAUUUUAAAUACUUAAUUUUUCGAGGGAAAUUAUAUAACUAAUAAGUACAUAAACAUCAAGAAUAUUUAACUUUAGAUUAACAAGAUUCAUUUCUAUACAUUUACGUUAAGUAUAUCUAUAUACUAUUUACGAUGUGGUUUUGUCAAGGUUACUUAAUCUAACCUAUUUUUUUAAUGGUAAGGUUGGAUAUUAAUCAACCAUUGAGAUAGUUUUAACCACAAAAAACACACUGUACAUAUGUGGAAUAUAUUACAUAUAAAUAUAUAAAUUGGAGGCAUUAAAUGUGUGUUUACAGUAGUGAUAUUAUUAGGUCUUCUGUGAAUGGAAGGGUUACACUGAUUUGUUACUUAGGUCUAUAAAUUUCAAAUUUCAAGAGCCUGUACCAAAAUCAUUCCUAAGCAAUAUAAAUAAAUAUUUUUUAUAUCUAAUUUGGUAAUCUUGCAGUCACGGAAAUUCUUAUAAAAUCAUGGCAAGACCAAAGAUUAUUGUUUUUGAUUUAGAUUAUACACUCUGGCCUUUUUGGGUGGACACUCAUGUGGACCCACCAUUUAAGAAAGGAAAAGAUGGAAAGAUAACAGAUUCUAGAGGAUCUGUAAUUAAAUGCUAUCCACAAGUUCCUGAAGUUUUGAAGAAACUGCAUGAGGAAGGAUUUGAAUUAGGUAUUGCAUCUAGGACAUCUGAGAUAAGAGGGGCUAAUCAGUUAGUUCAAUUAUUUGGCUGGGAUAAAUAUUUCAAAUAUAAAGAAAUAUUUCCUGGUAGCAAAACAACACAUUUUAGGAAUAUUAAACAACAAUCUAAAGUUGAAUAUAAGGAUAUGAUUUUUUUUGAUGAUGAACAAAGGAAUAUAUCAGAUUUAACAAAAGUUGGAGUUUUGUCAAUAUUGGUUAGAGAUGGGGUGACAAAAAAGCUUGUAGAAGACUCAAUUUCUAAAUUUGAGAGAGAAUAUCAAUAACUUUUAGGUAACACCAUAGAUAUGGAAUUGUUGACUACUGUUUAUAUUUAUUGUAUAAUUAUUUAAAAUAAAAAUAUUCAAGCUUUA